UCUCGUCGCCAUGUCCGACGUCGAACAGCAUGGAGGAAGCCCCCGCCCAGCCUCAGCGACUCCACGCCGUCCACGACCCCCCUCCAAUUUCUACUCCGAACUCCACAAUUUCACUACCCAACUGGGGAUUCCCCGCAGCGGCCGCGACAAGGCGCCGCCAAAGCAAACCCGGGAGCAGCAGCCCCACCUGAUGGAGGAAUUGGAGGAGGAGGAGGAGGAGGAGGUAGUGAAGGGGAAACAAUCCCUGGGUUUCUCCAUCGCACUGUCCCACGACGAAAUCAUGCAGGAUUUCAUGGCGUUUACAGGGGCGUUGCCUCCCAGGAAGCCGAGAAAGAAAGCACAAAAGCUGGUUGACCCACUGUUUCCUGGACUUGCGCUGUCGAAGAUUGCUGUCAGUAAAUACAUUCAAGGUCGAUCGUCCAUCGAAUAAUUAAGGAAGGGGAUGACGAGACUUGAUGGAGGUAGAAUCACGGCUAUGCUCUAUCGACAACUUUAAUACCCAAUUUCAUUACUUGAUCAUCGGAUGACUAGUUUUCUUUUCUUUCUCUAUUGUUUUUUUUUUGUUUUACAAUCUUAACAAAACCAAUUGACGCUGCAACUUGUUGGUUAGCUCUCUGAUG